AUGCAUUCCCAUCUUCACACGGCAGAGAAUGCCAAUUGCGAGGGCAUCAUGAACGCCCUCGACGAAUGCCACGCUCACGGAUUCCUGUGGAAAGCCGUUGGCCAAUGCAACGACAUCAAGCGCGACGUCAACCGCUGCCUCAGCGCAGAACGACUGCAGCGCGCCAAAAACAAUCGCGAACAGGCCAUGGAGAAGCGGUCGCGCAUUGAGAAGAUCUGGGCGGAUGAGAGGGCAAGGGAGCAAGGAGAAGUGAAACAAGAGUAG